UACGUCAGUGCGAGCAUGUGUAUACAUUGGACGAAGUAGUGGAGGAUCGAAGAUCUUGGAGGAAGAGCUAAGAUAUGCAAGCCGCUAAAUUUUCUGCCCACACGAUAAUGAGCAAGUUGUAUUGUGGAUGAAUUGGGAAUUAUCAUUUCCAUUAUAACAUGUGCAUCUUGUGUGAGAGUCCGCCAUCUUUGCUCUGUUGAUAUCCUUUAGGAUCUUUAACGUCAUUUUGUGAAAUAACUUCCUGUUCAAAUCAAGAUGGCUGCGCCCGGCACCGGCACGACACGACGUCUGGUGCAGUAUGUCGUGGUCCGGUCAGAUCUGGUUCAUACAUUGUCAUGGCCUUUGGGAGCAGUUAUCACGCAAGCUUGCCACGCCGCCACAGCAGCCAUUCACUUAAAUUACGACGAUCCUGACACGCAGGAGUACUUGUCGGAGCUGGACAGCAUGCACAAAGUGGUUCUGCAGGCUCCAGAUAUGGUGUCUCUCUCCAGCCUGUCAGAAACACUCCGUGACAAGGGCAUAGCUCACAAGCUGUGGGUUGAGCAGCCAGAGAACAUACCCACCUGCCUGGCCCUCAAGCCUUACCCAAAAGAGACGGUGCAUCCUUUUUUGCGAAAGUUCAAACUUUUCAAGUGAUAAAGGAAACGGACAUCUUUCAUGUGGUGUGGACUUGCAGUGGACAUCUUCUCAGCAUGAAAUCCAGGGCCUGCUGGCCUCCAUUUUAAAGCAUUCUGCAUGUUCCCCACUGUUGGAGAUUUAAAUUUAGCCUGUCUGCUGGUUUUGGCCAUUGAAGAGGAUUAUGAAGGAUGAUUUGAGGCAACAACAAAAAAACAAAAACAUCAGGCCAGCACCAAGAUUUAGUAAUGAGGCCAUUUACUGUAUUUUAGCAAACUUGUGUUGCUGGGUGUUUUGUUGGUCUGGGUCCGGUAUGUCCUGGGUAGGAAAUGUGAUGUUAAAUGGGUGCUUUUGCAUUUAAAGUGCAAUAAAUAGAAGUAACAUCUG